AUGAAGUCUCAGCAAAAAGGAAAAUUUUCCAGUGACACUGAGGUUAACCCACGUGAACACUGCAAUGCGAUCACCCUAAGGAGUGGUAAAAUGGUUGAAGAAAGCAAACCUAAGGAGAUUAUGGUGCCUACAUCAGAUGUCAUAGUUACAGAGGAAAGGCAGAAAACUGAGGCAGAGGGUACAAAGAUCUAUAAGCUUUACUUGAUCUCAUUUUCGGACAACCCACCAAUCUUGAAGCCCCCAUUACCAUUCCCGCGAGAAGCUUUGGCCCAAAUGCCUAACUACACCAGAUUCUUGAAAGAAGUGAUGUCAAAUAAGAAGAAGCUGGAGGAGUUCGAGACAAUUAAGCUGACAGAGGGGUGUAGUGACAUACUUCAGAAGCUCUUUCACAAAUUGAAAGAUCCGAGCAGCUUCAACAUCCCGUGCAAUAUUGGUGGUAUCACAUUUGAUAGGGCACUGUGCGACCUUGGAGCUAGUAUAAACCUGAUGCCCCUAUCAGUGUUCAAAAAGCUGGGUCUUGGAGAAGUGAAGCCCACAACCCUCACUUUGCAACUGGCGGACAGAUCGAUCGCAUAUCCCAAAGACAUGAUUGAAGAUGUAUUGGUGAAGGUCGAUAAGUUCAUCCUUCCUGUGGACUUUGUGGUGUUGGACAUGGAGGAGAACGAGAAAAUAUCGUUGAUUCUUGGUUGA